AGUGUCAACACUAGUUAACCGCAUUGAGGCAGAAUUGAAUGUCGGUGGAUGUAGUUUUCUAUUAUAGCAGAGAAACCUAACAUACGGGCCUAACCACAUGUAGAAUUUCACUACCGGAUAACUCUACAGAGGAAUUCCGCCUGUAUACAUUGGAUGAUGAUAGUUGAGCACUAAGCAUGGCAGCUAGCUGGGUUUACAUUUGUGCUGUUGUUGCACUACUGUUUAAAGGCAAUUCCUCGCAGUCUAUAUCUAAUAUGAAAACAAUCAUCGCGUGUCAAGGAAGUAAAGUUCGCAUACGAUGCAAAAAUUCGAACAUUAUUAUGAUAUUCAGCGCUUUCUAUGGUCGAGUCCCUGGUAGGGAAAUAUGCUACAGCGACAAGAUCUUCACAACGAAAUGCAGCUUGGAGAAAGGCAAAGCUUUAGAGGUUGUUGAAAAAAGAUGUUCGAAUAGGUCAAGAUGUAAUGUAAGAGCUGAUAAUUCUAUGUUUCCUGAUCCUUGUCCUGGGACAUUUAAGUACAUGACCAUCAUAUAUUAUUGCAAGAAACGACCUCCAAACAUGUCCACGCGACCACCUUCGACAAGAAAACGACGAAAGAAGACAUCACCAACACCAUCCUCGACAACAACACAAACAACACCACAACUAACAACAACUAACAGUACUAUAAUAAACACUACCUACGCACCUAACAUCACCGACAACACGACUAGUAAUAUAAGUACAACACCAUUAGUAAUGGCUGCUGUUAAGACGUACAAUCCUGUUGUGACUACGACUGUGAUUGAGACAACGACAACACUUAAACCACCUGCAGCAUCAGGUUAUACGAAUCGAGGUGAGGAGGCAUUCAUGAACGUCGUGGUAUCGUUCUCCCUUACAUACAUCAUUCUAUCAGGACAACCCAAGUAUGUAUUAAUACUGUUCCUAUCUGGAGUUGCUAUAGCAACAGUCUUGCUACUGGUCCUGUUGCUAGGGUUACACAUCAGAGGUAGAAGAAGCAAAAAGUUUGAAAUACAAACAGACAAACCGCUGGAUCCUGACAUCGAUGACGAUGAAGACGAUGGUGUACAUGAUGGCGAUGAUGAUGAUGAUGAUGAUGACAGUGAUGAUGAGAAUAAGAAUGUAACUAUUGAAAUACAAGAUGGAAAUGAGGAUACAAAGCAAAUCAGCGUCAAACCAGGCGAUAUCAUCAUCAUCGAUAGCAAAGAUGUGGAAAAUGAUGAUAGUGAGGACCUCGGGUACAUGUCGGAGAUUGUUCGGUACUACAAUAGUCGUAAUUUGGUACACGAUGAUGGUAAACAGUCCUUAACAUGCGAGACACCAUCAGUUAACUCUCUUCCCAAUAGCGACAGUGAUAAAAGGGAAAUGCCCUAUGAAACUGUUAGACCAGCCAAUGGUGUAUGUGUUAUCUAGAUAGUGAAUAUACAACACUAGUGUCAGUCCAAUGGGACCUCAACGCUUGGCUACGUCAUCAUGACAAUAUAUGACGUCAGAAAGCAGAGAUAUUACGUCAUUAUAUGACGUCAUGCCAAGUGUCUCAGAAGGAUAUAGAUGAGGGACAAGAUGGCGAGAUUAAGUAUAACGACAUCAUGUCUGACGUCGAAUAUUGCUGGUAUUACAUCAGACGAGAGCUCCCGUCAAGAACGAGUCAAGAUGUUGGAGUAUAGGAGAAUUACUUCCAUGAAUAUUGAGAAUCUCAUGGUUUCGAUAAUAGAAUAGAAUAUGUACACCACAGGACAUGUAUCCACCAAUCAAAACACUGUAAAAUUGGGACACAGAUAAAAUAAUGUGUGAUAUUUUGACAUUGUUGUGUUGUGUAGCAAGAAAACCGUAGCAUAAAUAGAACUAAAUGGAAUCACAAUAGCAAGCCUACAAACUGGUUUACAAACAAGAUUGAUAAACAAGUCUCAAACAGGUUUCUAAACUGGUUUACAAACAAGAUUGAUAAGCAAGUCUCAAACAGGUUUUUCAACUGGUUUACAUAAACAGGGACAUUGUAUAUUGAUGUGCAAAAUAGCAACAAACUGGUAUUAAAACAGGCUUCUACACUGUAAAUGGGUUUAAAUGACAGGACAUUGAUGUGCAAAGUAGUAACCAACCAGUAUUCAUACAGGUUUAAAAACUGGUUUGCAAACUGGAUAUUUUAGAUGGAGCAGAACUUAAUGUUAUGCAUGAUAAAACUGUUAAUUGAUAUUAUUGCAUGGGCAUGACAGAUUUUAUUACUAAUAUGCAUGGCUUAUACAAAAACCUUUAAUGAAAACAAGCUUUGCAUCCUACAAAGACUCACCCUGUCAAAAGAGGUUAUCUAGAUAUAGACAGCAGUAUCUUUCAUAUUACAAUGGAUGCAUGAUUUUAAUGCAGGGACAACAAACAAUAUCCUGGUUCAUUGCAAUUUUCAACCUCUUAAAUAUUACAGUAAUGUCUUAACCAGCUAAUAUCAAACUUAGAUUUUUAUUAUUCUACAUUUAUAUAAGAUGUUUUAUUGUUUUAUGUAGUUUUAUAAUUUAUCAGCAGGAACUGGUUACAAGUAUAAAUUGACUUACAGUAUUAUUGAAUAUUUUACAAAUUAAUUAUUGCACAAUGAUAAGAUUUUUUCUCUUCAUUCAUGCAGUCAUUCAUGAAUUGACCACUACAGAUCUUUUAAUAUAUUAACUAUACUACAAUUUAGCCAGGUCAAGUCAUCUGAAUGUAUACAUCUACACAUGAAAUCUCAAGGCUAGUUACCACGCUUAGUAAUUAGCACAAUUGUUCUCAUCAAUCAAUGUUUAUGAUCAAGAUAUACAGGGGUUUUGGAAAAUCUUCUUAUAUGAUUGAAUACAUGUAGUAUGCAGUGUCUUAGGUUAUGGGUAGCAACAUAUAAUAUAGCCCAUUAAUUAACAGUUGAACUGUUAAAACUAAGGGAGUUUAACAUGUAUAUAUAUUGUAAUAAUAGUCAUUACAAUAUGCUCUUAUCUUUUGUAGAAAAUAAAAAAAAAACAUUCAA